GGGGGCGCGGGCCCGCCCGGGUCACGUGAGCGGAAGCGGGCCUCUCCCCCGGCCUCAGCCCCGGCCAUGGGCUGCUGCUACAGCAGCGAGAAUGAGGACUCCGACCAGGAGCGUGAAGAGCGGAAGUUACUGCUGGACCCCAGCAGUCCCCCCACCAAGGCCCUGAACGGCACCGAGCCCAACUACCACAGCCUGCCCUCCGCCCGCACGGAUGAACAAGCCCUCCUCUCUUCCAUCCUGGCCAAGACCGCCAGCAACAUCAUCGACGUGUCCGCCGCGGACUCACAGGGCAUGGAGCCGCACGAGUACAUGGACCGGGCGCGGCAGUACAGCACUCGCCUGGCAGUGCUGAGCAGCAGCCUGACUCACUGGAAGAAGCUCCCCCCGCUGCCGUCCCUCACCAACCAGCCCCACCAAGUGCUCGCCAGUGACCCGGUGCCCUUUGCCGAUCUGCAGCAGGUUUCCAGGAUAGCCGCCUACGCCUACAGUGCACUUUCCCAGAUCCGAGUCGACGCGAAAGAGGAGCUGGUUGUACAGUUUGGAAUCCCAUGAGGAAUCGCCCCCGCCUCGGCCCCAGAGCCGCCCUCCUCCCCCCAGCUCCCUCCCUCCCUUCCCCGCUGCAGAGCUUGUACAGAAAGAAACCUUAUUUACUACUAAUCCCCGGGAGCGAGCGCGGAUGAGCCGGGCGUGACCUGACCCGGGCUGCCCCGGCCCAUAGGACGGGCCCCGGUGGGCUGCGGUGUCAGGGUCUCGGGAGGCCGGUGGUGGCCUUUCGUUACCUCGGGGGAGGGGGGGGAGGGUGCAGGAGGCCCGUGGUGACUUUGAACGGGUGAGUGGGUCCGCCCCCGGCCGGGCAGGGCGGGGAGCGGGGGAGCCGGAACCGGCUACGUGUAUCUCUCGCCCCCCGGACUCUCCCCCGGCGGCCCCCUUUUAUUUUCACUGUGGUUCGCCACCUUCGAUAAAGACACGUAUGUACCGUGA